AUGCCCGUCUUGCCCUCUCCCACUGCGCCAUUCGGCUUCCUCGAACCACUCCACGCCUACGUCCUCGCACACUCUGAGCCCCUGACAUGGUCCAACUGGUGGAGACUCGCUGUACUGCCCACCAUCCCUCUAUUAUUGCAGGCUGUGCUGCUGAGGAAGGAGGGCACAAGGAAAGAUCGUCUGGCUCUCGGCGUAGUAGGGAUAGCGCUGCUCUGGCAUGCCUGCCUGAGAUACCGCUUGGAACAGCCAUGGUACAACGCCCUCAAUAACGGCAUCUUCAUUGGCUGUAUGACACUCACAGUCCGUUACCUGGAAUUCGCCCUCAUCAAUGGGAGACUCGUCGACCAGUAUUGGGAAGACAAGGGGCAGCACUGGCUUGUGUCGGCCUUUGAUGUGUGUACGAAUGCCAGGUGGAUCGGGCUCGAUCCUGUUGAGCCGGGAUCUAACGGGAUAGAGAAUGGUGGCAAGAGGCCCAAAGCAGACAAAGAAGUCUCGGUUGGAACAGAGGUCAAGCCUGGAGACAAGGCCAUCUCACCAGCAAGGAGUUAUCCUCCAUGGGUUGUAGUGCCUAAUUCACUCCCCUCCAGAAGCCAUGCCACCAUUCGACAUCUCACAAUCGCCUUUCGAAACUAUGUCAUCUCUGACAUACUCUUGUCUCUAUUGCGCUCCUUCGGAGCAGACUCUAUCGGCUCUUCCACCCCAGUCCCCGACGCUCUUCACCGUUUUUCCAGUGAUAACACUUUCGUGCUAUUCCCCAAGCUAGGGAAUGGAUUAGAGUCGCCGUGGUGGAUGACGGAGAUGGCAGCUGUCAUUGCAGUGGCGCUUUGUGUAUGGUUGGGGCUGAGCAUGGGGUACCAUGGGAUAGCAGGCGUCAUGGUCGGCACAGGAUUGCAUGAAGCGGAAGCGUGGGAGAUCGAUCUGUUUGAUCAUCCUCUCAAGUCGGAUAGUCUCUUGGACUUUUGGGGCCAUCGAUGGCAUCAGUUCUUCAGGCAUUCAUUCACACUCGUCUCCACCCAAACCCUUCGCUUCUUCCAUCUCCCGGCGACAUCGACAUAUGUUCUAGGUCUGUCGUUCUUCUUCUCCGGCGCGAUGCACGCCAUGGGCCAAUUCACCAUGGACCCGGUGCCAGCCUUGUUUCCCAUAUUUGUGCUCUUUCCAAUCUCUGGACUAGGUUGCGCCCUUGAGGUCCAAUUCAAACGUUGGACUGGGAAAAAGGUCGGAGGAUUCUGGGGUAGGAUAUGGACGUGGAGUGUCAUGUUGACCACGGGCAGGUGGGCGGCCAUUGCGUGGUUUGAAAGCGGCGUCGGAGGAAGUUACCUUUGCCCCGCAUGGGCUGGGGAUCUUCUGAAACCCUUCAUCCUGGAAUGGAUAUUGAAUAGAAAGUAG